CUGCUUGCUUGCCAACAGUUUUAGAAAAAAUAAAUCCGCGUCUCCCAUCUCCUCGGACCGUCUGAGAACAGAGAGCGAGGGAGGGAGCACGUUGGCGAAGGUGCUUUCCGAGUUCUGACAAUGGCGACGCCGUUCCAUUUUGGUUCCUGCUCGGCCAUGGCGAUGGCUCAAACGCGGGGCCAGGCCGCCGAAUCCUUCAGACCCGACCGCCUGGCUGGUCCGCCCUCCGCCCGUCGCUUCUCAUCCGCCGGCAUGGCUUGCCCGCAGCAUCGCUCUGCCUCCCUGGCGACAAGGACGCAGGCCCUGUCUCGGGUACUUUUAUCCAAAACCAGGGCCGUUGCCGUGGAAUCUAACCAGGUGGAGUCCCCUCAACAGCCGCCUGAGGAGGAGGGAAAGAGUGGCGCUGGAAAGUAUUACUUUGUGGUCGCUAACGCCAAGUUCAUGUUGGACGAGGAAGAGCACUUCAAGGAGCUCAUGUUUGAGAGGCUCAGGAAUUUUGGAGAGCGCAACAGAGAGCAGGAUUUCUGGUUGGUUAUCGAACCUAAGUUCUUGGACAAGUUUCCUUCGAUUACGAGUCGACUGAGGAGGCCGGCCGUCGCUCUAAUAUCCACUGAUGGUCCCUGGAUGACGUUCAUGAAGCUGAGAUUAGACCGAGUUUUAUAUGCAGAGUUUGAAGCCGAAAGUCUAGAGGAAGCAUUGGCUUGUAACCCGGUAGACAUCAAGUUCUCAACUCCAGAGCAGUGGGUGGCUCCUUAUCCCAAGUAUGAUUAUGGAUGGUGGGAACGCUUUUUACCACCAACCAACCAACAGUAAUCAUCAUGCGUAAAUAGUGUAAUCCUCGUGAUUCCUCCUGUAUUUUCUGAUUUUUAUUGUUGGGCUUUUGUUACCUUAUUUUUCUUUUCCUUUUGGUCGUGGAGUGUAUUUUAAAGAGUUCGGUGAGUUACAUAUAAACUUUAGAGAUGUUUGAAGUAAUUGGUUUCUUAAUUGCUGCAAA